UUUGCUGUUCCUUCCUUCCGUCACUAAUUUUCAUUUUACUACGAUUUGCUUCCUUUAGUUCAUUAAUGUAUGUUUGUGUAGGAGGAGGAUUAGAUGGUACAGGAAUCAAUCAAAUCCAUUUUACCAGUUUAGGGUAUUCAUUUUUCGUAUAUACCACAGUGCUUCUUUUGCUACGCUACUAUUGCUCGUAGGAUCGCCAUCGCCCAGCAGACAAGAAGCCACGGUGUCGGCGGGACUCUAAUUUACUCAUCCUCGGAACUACUUGAAAUGGCGGCGGCUGUGUCACAUUGGCGGCGGCGGCGGUCAUCUCUGUGUGCUGCACUCGUGGUUGUGGGUGCUGUCAUCGUCGCAUUCUUCGGGGUGUCUCCUUGCAAUGCCUUGUUGUUGUCGGAAGAAGCAGAAGAGGAUAACAAGUCUCUUGUUUCCCGAAUUGCCUUCGGAUCCUGCGCCAACCAGAGCGCUCCCCAGCCCAUAUGGGAUGCAAUCAUCGACUUCAAUCCCCAUGUAUUUAUCUGGCUGGGCGACAACAUAUACGGUGACAUCCGCCGUCCCUUUAGGCUUUUCGGCAAACAAAGAACUAUUGGUCCUUGGAAGAAUGUUCCCCGUUUCAUCCCUUCCUCCGAGCAUGAAAUGCAGUCUAGAUAUCUCCUGGCUAAAAACUCUCCCGGUUACUCUCGUCUUCGCCUCAACACCAAGGUUAUUGGCACUUGGGACGACCAUGAUUAUGGACUAAACGAUGCCGGCAAGGAAUUCAGUGCCAAAAUCACCAACCAAAGGCUUUUGCUAGAUUUCCUGGACGAGCCCCAAGAUAGUCCCCGGCGCAAGCAAGCUGGUGUCUAUGCAUCGUACACAUUUGGCCCAAGGGGUAGACAAGUCAAGGUUAUUCUUUUGGAUACUAGGUACCAUAGAGACCCUUUAUUUAGUGAUGGAAGUAUCGUGGGAAGUCUGCAAUGGGAAUGGUUGGCGAAGGAGUUAAAAGGUCCUGCCACAGCCAUUACUAUCAUCGGAUCUUCUAUACAGGUGAUAUCAAACCUGUCAGCAACCACUGGCCCUUUGUUUUACAUGGAGUCCUGGGGUCGUUUUCCAAAAGAAAGAAGUCGUCUUUUUGAAUUAAUAUCUGAGAGUAAGAGGGAAGGGGUGUUCUUCAUCAGUGGGGAUGUUCAUUUUGGGGAAAUUACAAGAUAUGAUUGUGCAGCUGGAUACCCCUUAUAUGAUAUAACAUCAAGUGGGAUUACCCAGGCUGUGGAGAAGGCAGUCCCUUCACCGCUUCAUUUCCUUGUGAGAUUUGCGGCACGCUUGACUCCGAGUACUAUGAGAGUGAUGGAUAGAGGCUGCAGCUACAGUUCAUGUACGUAUGGGAAGCCAAAUUUUGGAAUAGUUGAGAUUAAUUGGGAUACUGCUCCUGUCAAUUUGAAAUUCGAAGUGAGGGAUGAAAAUGGAGAUACUGUUAUUGGAGUGAAUACCUCAUUAUCACAAUUGAAAGCCCAAAGGACGGAAUCUAAGUUUACCAAGGUAGAAGGGAAAUAUAAAAACCAUUGCCUUUUGGAAGUUGAACUGCCAUGGAUGAUCAGAUAUCGGUUGGCCAUCAUGUUCUUUUGCACUGUAGGAGUGUUGCUGCUGCUUCUCAUAGGUGUGUUUUACACUGUCAUAUCACUGUGCAGCCGAUGUCUCCAAAAGUGCAAGCUUGAUUGAAAAAUUGAAUGGCGAUCCUCAGAGUUGAUGUUAUCCUGAUCAAACGAAUUGAGAGUUAUUCACUUUACAAUCCAGCUCAACUCCAAGAUAGUGCCACAUAUGCAAAACUCCGUCUGCUUAUUUCCAUUAGAUUUAUAUUGGUAGACGACUUACUUAUUAAUUUACUUUGCGGUGCGCUCUAACUCAUUUUGUCUUGGCCUUUACAAGUACUGGGAACAAUCAUGUCACCGAGUGUCAUUACUUUGGUAAUCUGUCUUGAUCAGUCAUUAGGUCCAUCUGCUUAUGGAUGGAUGUACCACUUUAACCCGUUGUGAUUCAGCUGUGACAAGAACGACCAUGAGCUGCAACAACAGCUAUAGGGCGGGGCAACCACAGCAUUCACCGACUUCAACCUUUCUGACAAGUGAAACUGCUGCAAUUAGUUCAAACUACUUUUGAGCGGAGCGUCCGCAAGUCAGUUCUAUUCUGCGCCAAAUCAAGUUUGCCCCGCCAAUAUAUGACAGGUGAGUUUUGUUAGACAAAAAAUUAGAUGCAUGAGACAGCAAGCUGUGCUUUCGUUGGCUAAUAAUGACUGAAAUUGGGCAUAAUUUAUGUACUACAACUUGGGCGGAGUUUGGCCCCCGGUCAACUCUUGGUACUCCACGACACUUUUUUUUUU